AUGGUGGCAUGCCCGUUGUGCAAUAAGCAAGUCAGCCAGGCCCUCAUCAACGAGCACAUCGACAGCGGAUGCGCCGACCACGUCGUCGACCAGAUCGAUACGCUCAGCGCACAGAAGACGCACAGCUUCUUCACAUCGGGCGCCCGCAAGCCGGGAAGCUCCGCAAGGAAUGGCAACCCAACAUCGUCGCCCAUAGCGCCCCCUGCUAUCCCACAACGCCCCAAGACGCCCCCACCUGGCACAAAGCGAUUGUUUGACGAGGCCGCCGAGAACCAUCCCAAUGGAGAGCCGCCGUCGCCCGCCGCGGCCAAGCGGAAGAAGCUCAAGGCUGUUGAGGAUGCGCAGCCACUGGCGGAGCGCAUGCGGCCCAUGAAGCUCGACGACGUCUUUGGGCAGGAGCUGAUAGGCCCAAAUGGCAUAUUGAGGGGCAUGCUGGAGAGCAACAAGAUACCAUCCAUGGUCCUGUGGGGCAAGUCAGGCACCGGCAAGACCACCAUCGCCCGCAUCAUCGCCAAUGCAUCCGGCUCCAAGUUCGUCGAGAUCAACAGCACAAGCACGAAGCUGGAGGAAGUGCGGCGCAUCUUCUUCGAGGCGCUGAAGGACCUGCAGCUCACGGGGCGCAGAACCAUCGUCUUCUGCGACGAGAUACAUCGCUUUUCAAAGACGCAGCAAGACGCCUUCCUAGGACCGGUCGAGAGCGGGACUAUCACGCUGAUUGCGGCGACGACAGAGAACCCCUCGUUCAAGGUCAUAAGCGCUCUCCUCUCGCGAUGUCGGACUUUCACAUUGGACGAGCUGAGCGACGAUGACCUCCUUAAGAUUUUACAGCGCGCCAUGGCCACCGAAGACUGUACUUCGCCGCUCCUCGACACCGAGAUGCUGCGCUACUUCGCUUCCUUCUCAGACGGCGAUGCGCGCACCGCCCUCAAUCUUCUCGAGCUCGCCAUGAGCCUCUCCAGCACACCGAACAUCACAAAGGAAGACCUCAAAAAGCGUCUUACGAAGACCUUGGUCUACGACCGCGCCGGCGACCAGCACUACGAGAACAUCUCCGCCAUGCAUAAAUCGAUCCGCGGCUCCGACCCCAACGCCGCAGUGUACUACCUCACGCGAAUGCUCAAGUCAGGCGAGGAUCCACGCUACAUCGCGCGGCGCCUUGUGGUCGUGGCUUCCGAGGAUGUCGGUCUUGCAGACAACGCGCUGCUCUCCCUCGCAACAGCGACCUACAGCGCGUGCGAGAAAAUUGGCAUGCCCGAGUGCGCCAUCAAUCUCAGCCACUGCGUCGUCGCGCUCGCCCUCGCGCCAAAGUCCACACGCGCAUAUCGUGCUCUGCGGGCUGCAGAAGCCGCGCUCCAGGAGCCCGGCGUGGCCGCGUUGCCCAUACCGCUCCACCUGCGCAAUGCGCCGACGCGGCUGAUGAAGGAGAUGGGUUACUCCGAGGGCUACAAGUACAACCCGGACUAUCUGGACGGAAAGGUGAAACAGGAGUAUCUGCCUGAGGGCCUGCGGGGUCGCACGUUCCUCGAGGAUGUAGAUCUGGGUACGAAGAUCGAUGAGGACCUGAUAGACGACGAGAUGCUGCGACCUGAGCUGGAAGACUAG